UUUAUCGCGAGACGCCGAGUAUCAACGUUAGCAGUGCCAGUACUGAAAUUAGGUAUUAAUAUAAUAAUAUUAUUUAUUUUUCUGCAUGAACUGAACAGAAACCAAGGAUGUCUGAAAAUAACCCUCCAGAGUCCAGUGAAAACAUUCGCGUGGUUGUGCGAUGUCGGCCACCGUCCAAAGAUGAACUGGAUGCGAAACAAUCCAUAAUUGUGCAGUUGAAUUCCGUCCAGCAAACCGUUGCCCUCAAGGACCCCUCCAGUGAUAGUAUCAAGGCUUUCACUUUUGACAAUGUUUUCCCAGCCGACUCGAAACAGCCGGACAUCUUCAAUCAAGUCGCCCGGCCGAUUGUUGAUAAUGUUCUGGAAGGAUUCAAUGGCACUAUCUUCGCAUACGGACAGACGGGCAGCGGGAAAACAUUUACAAUGGAAGGCGUUCCAGAAAGACCGGAACUGCGAGGAAUAAUACCGAAUGCAUUUGCCCAUAUUUUCGGACACAUUGCCAAAGCCGAAGGAUAUCAAAAGUUUCUGGUUCGCGCAUCGUACUUCGAGAUCUACAAGGAGCAGAUCCGAGAUCUACUAGUAAAAAAAUCUGAUAAAGACCGCGGUGUAGGAAAUAAUUUGGAAGUGAAAGAAGAUCGUGAAAAAGGUGUGUACAUUAAAGGGCUGAACGAGCAAGUUGUUCACUCUGCGGAUGAUUUAGAAAAAGUGCUCUUGUUGGGAAAAAAGAGUCGGGUCACGGCCGCAACAAAAAUGAAUGAACAGAGCUCGCGAUCACACGCGAUUUUCAGUAUUACGAUCGAGCGAAGCGAACGCCGUCCAGAUGGACGUCUGCAUAUAUGCGUGGGAAAAUUAAAUCUCGUCGAUUUAGCCGGCUCCGAGAGACAAUCAAAAACGGAAGCUACCGAUGAGCGUCUGAAGGAAGCCUCUAAAAUCAAUCACGGUCUGAGCACCCUAGGCAAUGUUAUUGCGGCUUUAACGGAUGGGAAAAGUCAGCACAUUCCGUACCGAAAUUCUAAGCUCACGCGGAUUCUGCAAGACUCUUUGGGUGGGAAUUCCAAAACAGUUAUGUGUGCCAAUAUAGGACCGGCCAGCUACAAUUUCGACGAAACCGCCAACACCCUGCGAUAUGCAACCAGAGCCAAAUGGAUUAAGAACGCUGCUAAAAUUAACGAGGAUCCUAAAGAUGCGGUACUGAAACGCUUAGAAGAAGAAAUCCAAGCCCUUCGUCAACAGCUUAGCGGGGCGCCGGACGAAGACGCAGAAAACGAAGAGGAUGAGAAGCUGCGCGAUGAACGGCGAAUCCGACGCGAAACGCGACGGCAACAUUUACUACAGAUGCAGGAAGAAAUAAAUGCUAAACGAGAAGAACUGGAAAGAAACAGAUCGCUGGAUGAAAAAGAGCGCGAGAAACUGCGAAAGGAAAUAGCACGGAAAGAAGACGAAUUAGAAUCGGCUGAUAAGGAGCGCCACGCCCUGCAGGAAAAGCUUAAGCUCUUGGAAAAGACGAUUAUUGUGGGUGGAGAAAAUCUGCUUGAUAAGGCCGAAGAACAGGAACGCUUGCUGGAAGAAAGUGCACGAGAACUACAAGAACGACGUAAAAAGGAAGACGAACUGCGGAAAACCUUACUGCAUAAAAAAACGGAGCGGACACAAAUGGAAGAGAAAUUCGUUACCCUGCAGGAAAUCGCUGCCGCUAAGAAUUUCGAGGCAGCACGGCUCAAGGGAGAAAUCAGUUCGUUGAAAAAUGAUUUGAAGGUCAUCCGCGAGGAAAACGCUCGAAGAAAAGAAGAGUCAAAGCUGAGUAUUCGCGAAACCGAAAAGAAUAUUAAGCUGUACAAGAAGAUUAUUGAUCGUUUUCUGCCCAAGGAAAUGCAGAAUCUCAUCGAAGCCAAUUGUGUCUACAACAAGGAUAUUGGUGAGUGGGAAGUCAGCUGUCUGGCUUUCACGGGCGCCAUGAUGCAGCCAGAACCAACCGGCAAAUCUAGGAGCGGACACUCCGCCACAGGAGCACCACUUAACUACGCGGAGGCGCUGGCGCAAGCCGAACAGAGACGGCAACAACAAUACAUGGACAACAAGUGGGAGUUGUGUUUUAAGAGUUAUGCUGAUGAAAUCUGAUUGUUUUACGGUAGAGCAUUUACAGUGGUAAUUCAUGUCUUCGUUUUCGUUAAACUACUUGGAUGCCGAUGAUUUGCGUGCCGGUGUAUUGUACAAGGGAAUAAGUUGCGUUAUGUUACCAAAUUUAUAAAUCGACA